GUAACGUUACUUCAAAGUAUUAUGACCACCAACCUGCAGCGGCAAUUGGAUGCGUAUGCAGCGGCCAUGGGGGUACCGAUGCCUGCCGAGAUGGCGAGACAUGCGAUCUCGCAGCUGUUCGUGUUGGAGAAACUCUUCUUCGAAGACCCACCCCAUCCGACCUCGGUGCUGCACGACCCGACCCAUUGGACCGCGUUGGUCGGCGGCUCGUCGUUGCACGUCACGUCCUCGCCUCUUGCAAACUCUGCCUUCUCCAUCACAUCGUCCAGCUCUAAGUUUUCGACGGACGACGCUACAGGAACAUCCGUCGUCCUCUCCGAGCAAGGGUACACGGUGUUGGAUCCGUUCGCCCAAGCAAACCACACCACUUACUCCCUCGCGGCGUUGGAAGCUGGUGUCCAUGCGCUGCAUGCCGCGGGGUACCCGCCAGCGUUCAUCUUUGUGUUUGAUGAAGCAUGGGCGUAUCUGGAUGCGGUCUGGGGCGCCGUGUACGAACCGUUAUUGGGGCCAGGAUGCGUUCUCGAAGCCGACCUCAACUGCUGGCAUCUCCACCGUCCCGUCUCCCAAACCACUGCUUCCAACCCAUACAUUGGGGUCAACUUUGGCGCCGCGCAUCGAGAUCUAGGCUUUGACCAGUGCCACGACGCCGACGAGCAGUUCACGAGCCUCACGUGCUGGCUUCCCCUCAACCGCCACGGCGCCACCGCCGACAACGGCUGCAUGCAUGUCGUGCCGAUCGAUGCCGACGACUUCUUCUACGCGCCGCACCAUCCCCAGCACCGCCGGUCCGUCCACUCGCCCAGUGCUGUGCCCCUAAUCGUCCCUGCGGGACACGUGGCCACUUGGAUUCCUAGCCUCGUGCACUGGGGCAGCGCCUGUGAAACCACGUGCAGCAGUAUCGAGCCCCGCAUGUCGAUGGGAGCUACGUUUCGACGGCAGACCGCCAAGCGCAGUCAGUUUGUACCUGGCGAAGAUGCAACCGAUGGCCCACAGCCACUCAAUCGGGACCAACUGCCCCAUCUGACGCUGGAAAAGCGGCUGGCAUAUGUGGCGAAGGCCCUUCUAGCGUACUCGCACUGGUACCCAGGCAUGUCGGGGCUGAAUUUGCCCCCAGAUAGAGAUGAUACUGUAUUGCACGAAUGAAGGAUAGAGUAGGUAGUGGUUACGGUACCAUACAUAAUGGUCCGAGCAGUUGGACAAAGGGGAAAAUUUAUUUUUAUUUUUUUACCAAUUGACUUUGGUUGGACAAAGGGGAUUUUUUUUUUUUUUACCAAUUGAC